GGAAUGCUGUUGAUAUGAAUCAUGUUUUAAACCGACAGAACUCACCAGUGUUGUUUAAGAACUGUGUCAUAGGAAGGAGAGGUGAAUGUGCCAACAUUUGAAGUAAAUAGAACACACGAGUCCAUGUGAAGAAGUACACCUGCUGAAGGUAACGUGAUAGCUAAGAAAUACACGACGGCUGUUGUGUCAGGCUCCUGGAAGUCUUUGUAUUUGACCAUGUCUUUACCAGGAUGGUAAACUAGGACAUGAUGCUUUGAUUGCUUUCCUACCAUGAUGAUAUAAGUUAGAACCCGCCGGUCCACUAUUAGCAGCGAGUGAAUUCCAAGCUGGGCGUGUUUUUGCGCUCCUUUUAGCCCAGUUGACGAUCCCGUGUAGUGCACACUGCAACGCCGGCACUUGUUGAAAGUGGAUGAAGUCCAGCUUCGAUAGUGCCCGUGGUCCCUUCGCCACAUAUUAAGCAUCUACUCUGACACAUAUUUGACAUUUCGCUGACGUUUUUUUAUCAAUCUAUUUAUUUGGAAAAUUAUGGAUUUCUAUCAAAUAACCACAUUUUACGCGGUCCUCACAUGUGUAUGGGAUUUACCAUGUUUUCAAUCAUUUACUAUUUUCCUUCCGUCUGCCUCAAAGAGCAGCAAGGUCACGAAAGUAUUUGAUGGACGAGAGGCAAAAUAUUUCAAAGAUAUCUACUCAUCAUCAAAUGAGCGGUAUUACAAGGGUGGGCUCAAAGAUCCAGUUGAACCACACGACUACAUGCUUUCAAUUUAUAAGACUUUCUCUACAGCCGAAAAAUUGGGGCUAAACGCAAGUUUCUUUCGGUCGUCAAAAGCAGCUAACACUAUAGCAAGUUUUGUGGACAUCGGACAAGAUGACCUCCCACUCUCCCCUUUGCGACGACAGCAGUAUCUGUUUGACGUCUCAACCCUCUCAGACAGAGCUGAGGUGCUGGGGGCUGAGCUGAGGAUAUACACCAAAGUGUCUGGGAAUUUCAGGAUGUCGGAAAUGGAGCCAGUGGACAUUCAGCUACUCUCCUGCCGCUCUCAGCAGCUGCUGGACUCCAGAACGUUGGAUCUUCAGGAGUCCCAUCGGCCCAGAUGGGAGGUGUUGGACGUGUGGGAAAUAUUUAAGGACAGGGAUCACCUCACACACGGGAGACAGUUCUGUCUGGAGGUCAAGGCCAUGCUGGACAACCCCGAGAGGGAGCUUGACUUGCAUCAUCUGGGCUUUCACAGAAAUGGUCGCUCACAACAAAAGAAGGCCAUUUUAGUUGUGUUCACCAGGUCCAAGAAGAGACAGACCCUUUUCAGUGAAAGGAGAGAAGGAAGGACAUUGAUUGGCCCUGGGGAAAAGGGGAAAGAGAGGGGCCCUCGUUCUAAUUCCAAAGCCAGCCGGAGACGCAGGACGGCGAUAUUGAAGAAUCGCCACGGGAAGAGGCAUGGCAAAAAGUCAAAAUCGAGAUGCAGCAAGAGGCCGUUGCAUGUGAACUUCAGAGAGCUGGGCUGGGACGAUUGGAUCAUCGCUCCUCUGGAUUACGAGGCYUACCACUGUGAGGGCGUGUGUGACUUUCCUCUGAGGUCACAUCUAGAGCCCACAAACCAUGCCAUCAUACAGACCCUUAUGAAUUCGAUGAACCCCAGCAACAUGCCUCCUAGCUGCUGUGCCCCGUCCAAACUCAGCCCUAUCAGUAUUCUCUARAUCGACUCAGGAAAUAAUGUGGUGUAUAAGCAGUAUGAGGAUAUGGUGGUUGAGUCGUGUGGUUGUAGGUAACGCCUUUUUGGAAAGGCUGUGUUUUGAGUGGGAAUGAAAUGUGAUCAUCAGGGCCUAUCUGGUGUGAAGGCAAUACUUUAAGCUACCUGAUGGUCUGCAUCCCAAAUGGCACCCUAUUCGCUAUGUAGUGCACUACUUUUGAUCUAUAYGGCUCUGGUCAAAAGUAGAGCACUAUAUAGGCAAUAGGGUGUACAUUUGGGACYCAGGUGAACAGAGAGCAUWGUCUAAUAUUGUAAAAUGGUGUGGUGGGAUUAAUAAUCACCUGCCCCAAACUAAACCACGUUCAUUUCUUCUUCCCUGGUCUGGUUCUCAGUUUAAGCCUGGCAAGCGAGGCUACUUCUUCCCUGAACCCUGUCACAUGUUUUUAUUGACCAAUUAACAGGAGGGACACUUCUAAACACCCAGCAAAUGACUGAAAAUAAAAAUGUGUCAUAUCAAUGUAAAAACAUAAUUCAAACAGCAGAAGUCCUUUCAUAGCUCCUUGGCUUGGCCUUUCGACUCGAGAGGAUGCUUGAGUGCUACUCAGAAUGUAAAGCCUUAUUGAGUUGCAACAUCUGUGUAAUUCAAGUGCACUUCCACCAAAAAUGCCCCCAGGCUUAGCCUACUUAACCAAGGGCUCAGRCUGUGUUCCAAAUGGCACCCUAUUCCCUACAUAGCUACAUAGUGUAGUGCACACAAUAUAUAGGGAAUUGGGUGCCAUUUCAAACGUAGUCAUGUUGUGGUUAGAUACAAGGUGAUAAAAUAAUGCCCAUGGGCCUUUUCCUGUAAUGCACUGAGAUUCAUAUUACCAUAUGUAAGUACUUGAUAUGGAAAUUAUAAUUUAUGUUCUAUCAAUAAGUUAUUAUAUUUUUGUUUUUGGAGRUUGCUGUCGGGGUUUAAUACCUAUCAUGUUUUGGUCCUGUACAAGACUGUAUUUCAGGUCCCAUAAACGAACAACAACUUUGAAGGCURAACAAAGCCUUCAUAAACCAUGUGUAGAUGCUUCAGAACUUAWUUAUUAAUAAGAAAAUUCAUACUAUUUAAAAGGUAACGUACAGUAUGGGGUUUGUAAAGCGUCUAUGAAGACCUUAUAAAUGAUGGUUUCAGAAAGUCUUAAAAGUUGUUGUUUGUUUAAAGAGGGACCAUAUUUCAAAACUUUAAAGAUUGAAUUUUGUAAACCUUAUGGUGUAGAUUUGAACAUGCAAAGAAUGAGGGAGCCUUAACUGUUCAAACAGGAAAUGAUUACCAGUCAGAAAAAAAGACCCCUGUGUUUUUGCAAUGAUAUACUGCUCCAUAGUUUAUAGACCUGUUACAGCCUGUUURAUAAUAUUUAAGAGUAAUCUUUGUUGGAUUUUGUAUUUUACUUUCUAUUUUCUACUGGAACUCAAAACCAAUUUAUUUAAUAUUCUCUAACAAAUUUAAAACAGAAGGUACGUUUACAAAUGUGUAUUGGUGAUACUGUCCUGACAUUGUGUCAAAAAAACUAUGGAGAUSUAAUUAUUAUUCAAAUACAAUUGUAAGAAAAUACAUACUGUAUGACAAAUUAAUGAUAACAACAAUCAAUUAAAUUAUUUAACCAAAUUAUAUAUUCCUUUUUUUACCUGUUAAGGUUACAUGUUUUAUAUAAUAGUAUAUUAAAUUAUCUUUUGUAUUAUGUAUUUUGAUUAAAUUUUCCAAAAUAUGUGUAUCAUUGCGUUUUGAACUGAUUUGCGUUACUCGAUUGUGCAGUGUCACUAUAGUCCAGUGGCGGUCGGUGCCGUUUAAGAUGAGGGAG